GUUUUUGACUUUUUGAUCUGGGAGUGAGAUUGGCAUGUUGAUUGGGUGACGGGCUUGUGUUUUGGGGUUGUCCCUGAAACGACGGAGGUUGUUGAGACGCUGUGCUUCUACGUGGCCAGAGACGAGGAUGUCUUGACCAACGACGACACAGCGGGACUUAUUCAUUGAACUGUUGAAGGGAGACAACUCUUACACACAUACGGAAGAUGAGCUCGCUGCGCUCCUCGGUUCGACCCAAGAGCUCCAAACAGAAAUGGGGCACUAUCCUGAAGCCAGAAUUUGGUCUUGGCUACCAGAAGCUGACAAAAUACGAGAUAGCCCAGACUGUAAACCGCCUAAAUACUGUACCAAGCUCCGAUGACAGAGCCUAUGAGCGCUUCAAUAAGAAGAUGUCUCAAGCAGAAGUUGAUGAAAUGAUCAAGCGAGUGUCCAAGACGGACGUGGACAGGAUCCCCGACUCGGACCGGCGCGUGCAGAAGUCCAUCUACAUCGGCAUGGGGGUGGUGUCCUCCUACGCCUGGCAGGGCUACAACUAGAGGCGGCCGGCCACACACUGACCACUGGCCUAGCUGGGGACAACUUGUGACCGGCGGAUAACCCGAUGACCACAGACUCGCUAGGUGUAGCUUAGAUUUUUAAAUUUUUAGUGCAGUUUUUUUUCACUUUUCGAAUUGACUGCUUUUAUUGACUGAAUAUAUGGUUUUUGUAGUUCAACAUUAGACAUUAUUUAAUAGACUGGUGACAAGCAUGCAUACAUGCAUUCUACCUAGGCAGGUGCGUGUUUUACAAGUGACGAACAUGCAUGCACUAAACCUAGGCAGGUACGUGCUAUUCAGGUGACAAGCAUGCAUACAUGCACUUCUCCUUGGCAGGUGCGUGUUUAGAGGUGAUAAGCAUGCAUGUAUGCAUGCACUAUACCUUGGCAGAUCGGAUUUGCCUCUCACUUUCUACUUCGCAAGGAAGAUCUUCUCAUCCAUGUAGUGUGUAUAUAGUGCAGCAUAGGAUGUUCGUAAAUUCGUCAGGUUGGAGCCUUUCGUGUUUGAGCCUGUAAUAUAAAUAUGCAAAUUCCAUUAUUAUCCGCUUCCAUCAAGGAAGGCGGUGGAUCAGCUAUGCAUGCCAUGUUAUUGCCAUGUACAAUGCUGUCAAUCAUCAGUGAUGCCCAUAGUAACUUCCCCCACACAGCGUAUAGCGUGUGAUCGGUGCUCAAUAGAUUUAUAUGACGGCCGUUUUCAGGUGCAAAAUAUGUUGUAGUUUAUUUUGAAAUAAAAAUGCUAGUGAUUACAUGUUUGUAUGUCGAUUUCAUGAAAUAAAGGACAAGGAAUAGCC